UUCAGAAAUCCAACCCUCAAACGAGCUCUUACGUAGAAGUUCUCCAUGGCCUUCUGGUUUUUAUACCUCCUCCUGGCUUUCUCUAUCUCGUGUGUUCGUGCGCGGGAAUUCACUUUCCACAACAACUGCACAAACCCGGUCUGGCCCGGAAUCCAACCGAGCGCAGGAAAAAGGGUCCUGCUACGCGGCGGUUUCCAGCUUGCACCGGGCCAAACGGUCAAUAUAAAUGUACCGAGAGGGUGGUCGGGCCGGUUCUGGGCCCGAACCGGCUGCGCCUUUGACCGAGCCGACCACGGCAAGUGCGUGACUGGUGAUUGCGGCGGCUCCUUAAGAUGCGCCGGCGCGGGUGGUGCACCCCCUUCCACGCUCGCUGAGUUCACACUAGACAGCCCGUUGGAUUUCUAUGACGUCAGCCUCGUCGACGGCUACAACCUGCCGGUGUCGAUCCUGCCGUCCGGCAGCUCCGGCACUUGCCAGGAGGUCCGCUGCGUGUCUGACCUGAACCGGAGCUGCCCGGCGGCUCUUCAAGUGAUGCGGGAGGGGCGUGUGGUGGCAUGCAAGAGCGCGUGCAUGGCUUUUGGCUCGCCCGAGUACUGUUGCACGGGCGAAUUUGGGGGCCCUGGCACGUGCAAGCCAACGGCGUACUCUCGCGUAUUCAAGGCCGCGUGCCCUACCGCCUACAGCUACGCCUACGACGAUCCUACCAGCACUUUCACGUGCAAAGGGGCUGAUUAUCUCAUCACAUUUUGUUAACUUCUGCAUCCGUACACGUGGCACACGUUUAGGACAUCUGAACUGUUGAUCUGGUGUGUCCUUCAUUGGAUAGGCGAUACGUUGGUCAAAUAGUUGUUGGUGUUGAUCUGACCGUUGGCUGGACUUUUUCCUGACCACGCACUCGUAAUUCUUGAAGAAGUCUUUCGAUCACCGGCUAAGAUCACCCGAUCGUUACAAUCAAUGUAGGGCCUGACCAAUGGAACGGCUGGAUGUUGUACACGUGUACCAGCGACUGUACGGACAUUGAAUCAUGGGUCAGGAAUCGCUCUCGUUUUAUGUUAC